CUAGUACUUCUAACUAUGGAAGCGGCAACAGUAACACGGUCUAGUUGCCAUAUAAUGGACAUUCACCUGACCCUAUUUGUUACGUGAGCCCCAAGACUCAACGAAACACACAUUCAAGAAAACAUAACGAUCGUUUAGUACAAAUGGGGAGAAACCAAACCUGGUGGUUCUUCAUGGCGGCUAUUGUGGUCGCAACAUUGUUACCAUCACCAACCAAGGCUGGUCGUCUAGAGCUAAAGAACGAAAUCUCAGGGGUGUCUGGUGUCAGGAAAUCGAGGCUGUCCGUGCGGUGCUGGUCGAACGAGAACGACCUCGGGUGGGACGUGAUAAAGCCAAUGAAGUCACGGGUGUGGAAGUUCACGACAAUGAACAUGUGGCCGUUCCAGAAAACUGAGUUCAGGUGCCAGUUUCGUAGCGGGUUUGGAACUACGAGCCAAGACGUUGUGACAGUGUUCUCUGUCCAGAGCGGGUUUCGGAGAGAGUGUGGAGAUGGACGCGAUGAGUGCAUUUGGGUAUCGAAGAGAGAUGGGUUCUAUCAAAGAAGGGUCGUAAGGGACGAGGGUAGCCGUAAGGAAUUCGUAGAUGUCCUCAAAAGCAAAUGGGUUUGGAAAUGGUGAUAACUUCAAUUUUUUAUCAGUAACAUUCAUUAUAGGGGUUAAUCUACGUGAUAACGUAGCCA